AUGUCCGAGUCCGGCUGGUUGCAAUGGACCGUCAUUCUCGCACUGACCGCCCUUUUUCUGUCACUCCUCGUCGUCGGCCAAGUAGGCGCGACUCUCUGGGCAGCCUACUCCGCGGCGCCUCGCGAGAUCGCCACCUUCAUCGACACAGUCGACUUCUCGAUACAGGAAAACGAGAGCUACGACCGGGAUGUGGCCAAGGUCCAGCGCCUCGAGGACAAAAUCAGGCUCGGCCAGCUCCUCCGCGAAAUACAAAAGGGGGGCGACGACCUGCGCGAACAGCUCAACGGCAUGGUGGUCUCGGAAGGCGCUUCUACGCUGAGAACGAGCGCAAGGCUGCUGUGGGGCGUCAAACGCGGCCAGCUCGAGGACAGAGUGCGGAGGCUGGAUCUCUUGCGGAUGCGCUUCCUCGUCGUGUACAUGGGCAUCAUGACCUCGGUGGUGGACAGGAAUCCGCCUCCGCCGCCCCCUCUGCCCAGGGACCCGGAGAAGAGUACGCCUUUUGCAAGCCCCACGAAACUCUCGCUUAGGAAGUCCCUCACCGAGAGCGCGGUAAGGCGCCCGCCCUUGAGACGACUGACGACCCAGGCUAUUGGCCACCAAGAAAACGUCAUUGUCCCUCACAGAAAGGGGUGGGCGGGAGUGGUUGAGGAGUUGCAAACGUCACCGCGGAUGCAGCAGCGUCAUGCCUCGAUAGAGCUUGCCAUGGCCAGGACGACACCGUAG